UUGUCACUUACAGUUCUUUGUAGUUUUCAGUGCCUUGGUGAAAUCUUACUCUUUUUAGAAAAUUGCACACCAUAAGGCUUCAGCCACUUAUUGCAUUGCAGUAUUCUGGACAUUACUGGAACAAAUCCAGAAUCCGCUCCAGUUUGCAGGACUCAUAACAUUCACAGUUCGUCACAUGAACAGACUGAGGGAGGGAGGGCGAAAUGGAGAAACUUGAUCUUAGUCAAGUGACACAUUUUAAGAGCAACUGGUUUUUGGUCAGAUCUCUGACCACUAACAUCCAUUAGUCGUACAUUACAUAGAGCAAAGUAGAUGUAAGUGGAGGUGGUUGAUCAAUACAUUUUAGUGUCCACAGUGAAGUGGGUGAGGCAGUCCCAGCUAGAUAAGCAAUUUCUUGCACUGAGGAUCCUUACAUGACAGAGGAGUUUCUUCAGAUGACGGCUUCAAAGGAGAGUAUGUCCGAACUGGAGAGUAGCAUGGCCAGCAUUAUCCGAGUUUUCCACAAAUACUCAGGCCACAAGUGCAAGCUGAGAAAAGCGGAGCUUAAAGCACUCAUCAACAAUGAGAUGAGUCAUUUCAUAAUGAAAAUCCACGAGAAUGAAACUCUGGAUGAGCUCUUUGCGGACCUCGACCAGAAUGGAGACCUGGAGAUCGACUUUAAAGAGUUCAUCACCCUCAUCUCCAUGGUCACCUCGGCAUGCCAUGAACUCUUCAUCCCAAAACAUCAGAAUAAUUAG